AUGAGUUCACUGAUGAAAGAGGACGAGAAGAGAGUAGUGGUAGAGAGAUCGUCUGAGUCAAAGUCACUUCCAUCGAUUCCAUCAAUAUACUUUCCAUCAUAUCCUCCAUACCUCUCCGCCUUCUGCUCGGGAUUUUAUCCUCCACCUCCGUCCUUGUGGGGUUUUCCUCCAAAUUUUCCAUUUUCUCCGCUGCCUUACUAUUCUACAUCUCCGAAAGUUCCAAACACGUGGAAAACAAUACGCAUUUGUGGAGUCGAGGACAUCAAGAGUACAGAAUGGGCGCAUGAGAUCGAGACCGAAACAAUAGACGAUAAAACCGCAAUCGAGCAUCCCGAGAAUCUAUGGAGCGAGAGACGACAAAACUUCGCACUCAGAGAAGGGAACUGGAUGCCGAUGGCUUGGAUCCCUAGGCCUGUUGGAGAUGUUGAGGUGUUAACAAUUCCAGACACCGGGCCACAAAAUAUUUUCCAUUCCUCCACCAAUUCCCGCUUUCCUCCUCCAUAUUCUUCUUCUUCCUCUCACUCAAAUUUGAACUCUCAGAAUGAAAAAUUCCACAUCUCACAAUCCUGGAGAGGUACUGCAGGCGAAGAUUCAGAUGGGUAUGGAUAUCGUGGGAGAAUAUUGGAUCAGAGUAGAUUACCCGGAAUGAUAAGUGAGCUGGGUGCUUUUCUGCGAAACGAGAGGGCGGAGAAUGGGAAUUGGGGGAACAGAACAGAUAUGAGAGAAAUAAUGAGGGAGAGGAGGGUGAGAUGGGAAUGA